GACAAUUAAUCAGUGCCUCCUCCUCCUCUUCUUCUUCUUCUUCUUCUUCUUCUUCUUCUUGUGCUCCCGGCCCUUUGCUUGCCUAUAUAUGCUCACAUCUACAUGCACUGGCCUUGAGGCCAUCAGCAUCUCCCACACACCACACCUCGCUCGCUCCACCGCCUAAUUAACCACCAAACAACACACCUCCCUCCAUCGAUCGAUCGCCUCCGAUUGUAUAGCCCAAAUUAAGAUCAAAUUAAGAGCAACAUCGGCCGGCCGACAGAUCCAUCGACCAGAUUAUUGAUCGAUCGAGAAGAAUCAAGGAAUCGAGAUGGGGCCGGGCGUUAACGUUGGGGGUUUUGAGGAGGCGAUGAAGCCGGUGGCGGGGAUGGUGUUGGUGCAGCUGGUGUUCGCCGGGGUGAACAUCUUCUACAAGCUGGCCGUGUGCGACGGCAUGGACAUGAGAGUCCUCAUCGCCUACCGCUACCUCUUCGCAUCCGCCGUCCUCUGCCCGCUCGCCUUCUUCGUCGAGAGGAAGAAGCGAACGAAGCUGACGUGGCGAGUGCUGCUGCUCUCCUUCGUCUGCGGUCUCUGCGGGGGCUCGCUGGCGCAGAACCUGUACAUCUCAGGCAUGAAGCUAACCUCAGCGACCUUCGCCUCCGCCAUGACCAACCUCAUCCCAGCAAUCACCUUCAUCCUGGCCGUCCUCUUCCGCUACGAGCGCCUCGGCAUCCGCACCAUCUCCGGCCAGGCCAAGCUCUCGGGAACCCUCCUCGGCGUGUCCGGCGCCAUGCUGCUCACCUUCUACAAGGGCGCCGACGUCACCCCCUGGCACCCCACCAUCAACCUCAUCGCCCAGAUCACCUCCGCCCACAGCCAUGAGAUCUCAGCCGUCCAUCCGGCGAUCGAGUCGACGAACCGCCUCAUGGGGUCCCUGCUGUGCACGGGGAGCUGCUUCUUCUACGCGCUGUGGCUCAUCCUGCAGGCCAAGCUCAGCCGGGAGUACCCGUUCCACUACUCCUCCACGGCGCUCAUGUGCGCCAUGACCGCGCUCCAGUCGCUCGCCUUCGCUCUCUGCUUCGACACCGACUUCUCCAGCCAUCAAUGGAGGCUGGAGCUCUACAGCAUCAGGUUCCUGGCCGUGGUGUACACGGGGGUGCUGGCGUCCGGGGUGAUGCUGGUGGUGCUCUCCUGGUGCGUCAAGCGGCGGGGGCCGUUGUUCGCGUCGGUGUUCAACCCGAUGAUGCUCGUCGUCGUCGCCGUGCUCAGCUCGCUGCUGCUCGGGGAGAAGCUGCAUUUGGGGAGCGUGUUGGGGGCGGUCUUGAUUGUCAUGGGGCUCUAUGCCGUGCUGUGGGGGAAAGGGAAGGAGGCCAAGGCGGCUGCCGGUGGCGAGGCGGCGGGGAAUAAUAAUAAGGUGGUUGCUGGUGGUACUGAGCUGCCGCACAUUGAUGUCGUCGUGCACCGCCAUGCUCCGGAGACGACGAUGCCGAAUUCUCAACAACAGCAGCAGCAGGAAGAUGGUGAUAGGAUGGCGGCGGCGGUGAGGUGAGGAUUAAUUGGUUGCGGGGCCGGCGAUCAAGGAGAUGAACUGGUCCUGUCGUCCACGAAGGAAGAUUUGGGGGGGUUGGUAGAACUUAGUUGGAAUAUCUAGGUGCAGUUUUAGAAGGAGUGGCUCUCUGGUUUUGUUUUGUUCUGAAGACUGAACUGUGUACGUGUAGAGGGGAAAUUACGAUAUCAUAUCAGAGAAGAAUGUAGUAGCUACUAGUACAAGGAACUGAUGAUGCAAUCGAGAUCAGUUGUAGGAAGGCCAGAAAUAAAAGCACUGAUACUCAUUUGCAUCGUACGUGCUUGUCCUGUCAGAUGAGAUGAGAUGGAUGAACUGAUCAAUGAUUUCCAUGCA